UACUUACUUACUAAUUAUAGGUACUCCUAUAUCUUCUAUCUCCUCUCUAACUCCUUCGUCAUUUAUCAACGAUUGAAGUUGGUGGGCAUACUGGGCAUGGUGCCACAUCCUGCAUCGUCAUCGUGUGAUACUUACUUACACUUGUGCUUACGUUAAUGUGAUAGUUUUCAUUUUGUUAGUCAAAUUGUUGAUUUUUUCAUAAUUUUACAAUGCUUCAAGUACUACUACCGAAUGGUGAAAACUGCUUGCGCAAAAAAGGAGAAAAGUGGCAUUAGAUCAACAAAAUGUGGCGGCAACCAACAUACAAUGACCAGAUGGAUGGAGCAGCAAGCAAGGACAAGCAAAUUGAGGAUUCUCAGGGUGACUCUGGAUUCAUAUCCAGUGGGAAUCUGCUCAGCUCUCAGUUAAGCAUAGACUCCGAGGAGGAGGAACUCAACAGAGAUGAUGCCAAGGUUGCUCCGGAGCCUGUUGAUGCUACCAAAAGUGGUUUGGAUCUUGGUUUGGACAUCGAUUUGAAUAAGUUGUCUUUGAAGGAUGUUGCUACUAGCAAUCAGUCCGACAGUGGUAUUAUAAACAUUGAAUCUGAAGAUUUGAUUUCUGGAGAAUUACAAAAUUUUAAAGUUGAUGACGAAUUUGAACUGCUUAAGAAUGUGAAUGUACCACAAUGGCAACUCUAUUAUGCUCAAGAUAACGAUGGUGACACACAACUGCAUCUUUCUAUAAUACAAGAAUUUACAGAGGCAAUCAACUACUUGAUUGACAUAGCUCCCCAUCCUUGCUUACUCGAUCUUCAAAACGACAACUGGGACUCUGCUCUGCACCUAGCAGUCCUUACAAAGCAAGGAAACAUUGUGCGCAAGCUUAUAUUGUCUGGAGCUGACCCCAUGGUUCGUAACUUUCAAGGAAAUACACCGCUUCAUCUCGCCUGUGAUAGGGGCAGUUUGAGCUGUGUCAAAGCUUUAACGUGUCCGUUGACUCAGUUUGAAAAGUCCACAUUAGGAGACAAACUACCAGCAUCCAUACCUCAAAAUUUACAGAUGAGAAAUUAUAAUGGGCUGAUGUGCAUCCAUUUGGCGACGAAAAAGGGCCACACCGACGUAAUCCGGCACCUAACGAGCGUGGGUGCCGACGUGAACGGCUUCGAGGGACUGGCCGGCUACACAGCCCUGCACCUGGCCAUCAGCCGUGGCUCGCGGGAGACUGCCCUGUUUCUGGUGCGGGAGUGCCGGGCCAAGCUCGACAGCAAGACCUACGCCGGUCGCACGGCUUACGGACUAGCCCGGCGUAGCGACCCCAAGCUGGCUGCCGAUCUGCUCAGGCUUGGCACCAAAUCGUCCCAGCCGCUCGAUCUUUCCAGCGACAACGAGAUGGAGGAGGACGAGGAGGACGAGGAUGGCGACGUCGAGGCGCGGGACGAGUAUCGCGAAGUCAUGAAGAAGCUGAACGUUUCGUCGCCCCUUGUCAUGUGAGCUCGAUGUAUGUAGAGACGUGAUUUUGUACUUCUUUUAUCUUUUGGGACAGACGCUUAUCGAUUUCGUAUCUCCAAACUCCGUUCGUUUCUGGGGAAAAAACCCAUCGAGUUGCGUGAUGUCGCCUAGGGGGUGGGCGGGGGAGAGAUUGUUUGAGUGGGUGAAAUUGUGUCAUCGAAUUGCGCGAUAAGCUUCGUCAAUCGGAGGAAUUCCCUCGAUAUUUUGGUUAUACAAAGUCGUCGGUUGGAUAACGCGGGCGUGAUGACUCCAGUUUAGUAUGUUUGACGACGACAAAUUUUAGAGAGUGCAUCACCUGUUCUCUUACGUAUAAGUAAUUUUACAAGUCGAGGGAUUGUUGUUGAUUUUUCUGUCUGCAAGAAGAAAAGAAAAAGUCGAACCGGUUGAAUACUUUGCAUGGAAAGAGGAAUUAAAUAAUUGUUAAUGAAAACUUUUGCAAAAAAAAAAAAUAAAAAAUAAAAAAUAUAUUAAACUUCAAAU